UCUCUCUCUCUCUCUCUCAGAAAUGAAGAAACCUUACACAAACACCAUGAGUUUUUCUUCAACAAGUUCUAUUGUUUUAUUGGUUUUAGUCGUAUCAUCUCAUCUGUCACAAUAUGAAGCAAGAAGUGUAGCAGUAGUUCCUGUUGCUCCUGCUGCAACAUAUGAGUUUGUUUUAGCAAUGCAACGGAAUUCCACGAAGGAGGCACCAACGCGGGAUUUUGGAGUCUGGAAUGGAAAAACCACGGAAGAUGCUCCUAUUUCCGACAAGUUAGGACGUUUUUUCCAAAACGUUGUGGAUCUUGUUCAGUGGAAAGACUUUAGCUCAAUGUUGGUUCCUUUGUUGAGUGGUGCAGAUCUUGACGAAGGUGUUGUAUAUCAGAGGUUGAGCGCGUUUCUUGGUAGAACUGUGGGUAUGGUGUGCAUUCCUAAUCCGGGAGGAAACCAAAAAUUGAAGGAGGUCAGGCUUUACUUUAAGUUUCAGGUGGGAACUGGAUUUAAGGGAUGGACGUUAUAUGAUUAUCCAAAUACCCCUGCCUUUCCAGCUCCGAGGUGUUAUCAAGUAUUGAACCCACAUUUAUCAAGUCUCACUGGGUACAUCUUCCUAUGCCCCCACCUUAGUUAUAAUACAAAUAGUAGUAAGUAAAUAAAACGCACCUUUGAAAGAUACAUGCUGUUUUUCAUUUCAUCAUAUCAUGUAUGUACUGGAUCAGAGAUGAUUCUCAUCAUAUUAUGUAUGUAUGUCAUAACAACUAUGGAUUGGAAUGGAUACAUGAAUUAUUUCACUAUUAUUGA